AUGGCAGCACCUGUGGAAGCUUCUAAGAAGCGUAAGAGCAACAAGACUGCCGGUGCGCCCUCCAAGCGCCGUGCGGUUGCAGAGGAUGAUUUCGCAGAGACCCUAUCUACAAUUGAGAAGCUCGAAAAUGAGAUCGCCGAGUCGCGCAAGAACUACAACAAUAUUGCAACCCUGAUUUCGAUGCUCAAUGUUCAGAAAUCUGCCAAGAACCCCGAACUUGCGGUCGCAGUCUCUCUGUGCCGAGUAUUCAGCAGAUUGAUGGCUGCUGGAAAUUUUGCCGAGUCGAGCAGAGCCGCCGAGAAUGAGAAGAUUGUUACAGCAUGGUUGAAGGAGCGGUGUCUCGAAUACCAGCGGGCGCUGCUGUCAAUUAUUCGUGAGGCUGAUACUACCUCUCAGAUUACUGCUCUGACGCUGAGCAUGCGCAUUAUCAAAGAACGUAUUACACAUAUUCCUGGAGCGGAGAAUGCGGUGUGGUCUACAAACUUCAAGGCUAUCGUGGAGGCUGUGAUUGAGGCACGAGACAAUCAAGAUUUGCAGUCGGAGUUGGUCAACAAGUUCAUGAAGGAAUUUGAGGACGUGAGAUACCAUGCUUUUGGGCAAAUAGCUGAAUACGCUGCUAUUCGCCGACGCUCCGACGUUCUCGAUUCCCUGAUCUCCAUACUUACGGCCUGUGACGAUGUGCCCGGCGACGACCACAAGUUCAAGAACUUCUUUGCGACUCCUGGAAGCCAGAAUAAGCGACUCACUUCGGUGAAUUCCCACAAGAAGCGCGCACAAGAGGCUUGGUUGGCCAUCUUGCGGAAUAACCUAUCGCAGGCGCAACGCAAGUCCCUGCUGCGCAUCAUGGUGCACCACAUUGAGCCCUGGUUCAGCCGCCCAGAGCUUCUCAUGGACUUCUUGACAGACUGUUACAACGUCGGUGGUGCUACUUCGCUGCUUGCUCUCUCUGGUCUUUUCUACCUCAUCCAAGAGAAGAAUUUGGACUACCCCCAAUUCUACACCAAGCUCUACUCGCUUCUGGAUGCGGACUUACUGCACUCCAAGCACCGUUCUCGAUUCUUCCGACUUUUGAAUACCUUCCUCGCCUCGACCCAUCUUCCAGCUGCUUUAAUGGCCAGCUUCAUCAAGAGACUCGCCCGCCUCGCGCUCAAUGCGCCUCCUUCUGCCAUUGUGGUUAUUGUUCCAUUCAUGUACAACAUCUUCAAGAACCACCCCACCUGCUCAUUCAUGAUGCACCGUGAGAUCCGUGACAAGGAACUUGCAGCUGAGAUUGAAGCGGAGGGUAUGGAUGACCCGUUCGAUCCCCUCGAGGAGGAUCCUACUCGCACCGGUGCUAUCGAAAGCUGUCUCUGGGAAAUUGUGGCUCUCCAGUCUCACUUCCACCCCAAUGUUGCCUCUAUUGCUCGCAUCAUCUCAGAGCAGUUCACAAAACAGCACUAUAAUUUGGAGGACUUCCUGGACCACACAUACCAGGGUAUGGUCGAAGCAGAACUUGGUUCUGGAGAGAAGCCAUUGAGGAAGGUCCCCGUUGUGGAAUACCAGAUUCCCAAGCGUAUCUUCACAGACCGUUUGUUAGAGGAGGAUGGCGGUGUGGACUCUGGUCCUGCUUCUUUUAUGCGUGGUCUGUGGGACUUUUCAUAA